AUGGCGCGGGUCUUGCUAACAGGUGGGAGUGGGUUCCUGGCAACCCACAUUCUGAAGGUCUUGCUUGAACGAGGAUACUCCGUCGUGACAACAGUCCGUAGUCCUGAAAAAGCAAUCAAGAUAAAGCAGGCCUAUCCGACCUACGGCAAAGAUAGGCUGGAUACCUGCAUCGUCGAAGACAUAUCGAAGGAAAAUGCUUUCGAUAAUGCCGUCCUGUCGACCCCGCCAUUUGAUGCAGUCAUUCACUCUGCAAGCCCAUUCCAUUACAACGUCACCGACGUUCAGACCCAGCUUCUCGACCCUGCAGUCAUGGGGACCACCGGCAUCUUGAAGUCCAUUCAAAAGGGAGCCCCAAGCGUGAAAAGAGUGGUAGUAACCUCUUCCUUUGCCGCAGUCUUGGACAUGUUCAAGGGUACUCGGCCGGGCUACGAGUAUUCGGAAAAGGACUGGAAUCCCGUCACACACGAGCAAGCCCUGACGGGAGCGGGCCUGGGAUAUACCGCCAGCAAAACAUUUGCCGAGCGAGCCGCAUGGGAGUUCAUGGAGAAGGAGAAGCCGAACUUCACUCUCGCCACCAUGAACCCACCUCUCGUGUACGGGCCCGUGUUGCACCACAUCGAGUCACUCGCUGCCCUCAACACUUCCAACCAGCGCAUUCGUGACUUUGUCCUCGGCAAGUCCAAAACGGAGAUCCCAGAGACUGGCCUGUUCAUCUGGGUUGACGUGCGCGACCUGGCCUUUGCCCACGUCAGAGCUCUGGAAGUCCCCGAGGCGGGAGGCAAGAGAUUCCUGGUCUCGCCGGGCCACUGCAGCAAUCGCGAAAUGGUCGACAUUAUCAGGAAGAAUUUUGAUGAAUAUCGGGACCGUCUUCCGCCUGCUGAUGCGCCGGGAGGCGAUUACCCUGCUGAGGGUGUUUUCACGAUUGAUAACAGCAGGGCGAAGGAUAUCUUGGGCAUCGAGUUCACGUCCCUUGACAAGUGUAUCGUAGAUACGGUUAAGUCGUUGAGAGACUUGGGGGCAUAA